AUACCGAUGCCGGCGCUGGUUGCAGCUGAAUGAGCCAUGAAGAGACGGUACACGUCCUGUUAUAAAAGAAAUACUUGAACAACGAAGAAACUUGCAAUGUUAAUUUGGUCUUGAAAUAAUAACUACAUUUUCUCCGCGGCCACGACUUUCUACACCACCCCCCGAACAUAACAGUCACAUCAUGGAUUCCCAAAAACCAACUAUUGGCUUUUAUGGCCUCGGGUCCAUGGGCAUCGGCAUGGCAAAGAACCUCGCUAGUCACCUGAAAACGACCGGCGGGCAGCCCCUGAAAUACUCCAACAGAACUGUAUCCAAGGGCGACCAACUGAAGGAUUUCGGCGCCGUUCCAGAGGCAGGCUUUACAUCUCUUGUUAAGUCGUGCGACAUUAUUUUCACCAUGAUUUCAAAUGACGAGGUACUUAAUGGACUAGUGCAGGAGGCACUGACUUGCGAUGUUAAGGGCAAGAUCAUUGUCGAUUGCUCGACCGUGCAUCCUGACACAUCGGCUGCAGCUUCGGACAAGCUCGUGGCGGCUGGAGCUCAGUUUCUUGCUUCUCCGGUCUUUGGAGCCAGUGCAAUGGCAGCCCAGGGUAAACUCAUCUUUGCAGUCGCUGGGCCAGAAGAUGCUUCUAAAGCGAUCGAGCCGCUGGUGGUGGGCGUUAUGGGAAAGAGUAUUUUGCAGCUUGGCACUGAUGUCAAGAGGUCAAGCUUAUUGAAGAUUACAGGCAACUGCAUGGUCAUUGGCAUGCAAGAACUCAUCUCCGAGUGUCACACCUUUGCAGAAUGCUCCGGUCUGGGCACGGAAAUCUUCCAUCAGUUUGUCACCGACAUGUAUGGUCCGACAGCCUCGGGCUACUCGGCACGAUGCACUACGGGCUCCUUUGCACCUCCUCUGGACGGACCGCCUCCUGGUUUCGCCAUUGAUCUGUCAAUCAAGGAUGCGAAGCAUGCUUUGAACAUUGCUCAGAAGUCAGGGGCAUUCUUACCCACAAUGCAAGCUGCGCUACAGAACAUGCUGAGUGCAAAGGCGUUUGCUGGGCCUUGGUUAGAUAGCAGCGCCCUCUACGGUACAUUGCGGCAGUGGGCUGGGCUACCCUUUGGAAAUGCCGCGAGCAGGGCGGUUUGAUUGGUGGAGAUGGCUGAUUAUAUAAUUAGAGUCUAUACACAAUACCCAUAGAAAGCCUAGACGGGGAG